AUCCACGAGACGCAGAGGCUGGCCAACAUCGCACCCAUAGCCGUCCCUCACCGGACCAGCCAGGAUGUCACCUUCCGAGGAUACUUUAUCAAGAAGAACACCACCGUCUACGUCCUCCUGACGUCCGUCCUCCAUGACGAGAGCGAGUGGGAAAAGCCGUAUUCCUUCCACCCCGACCACUUUCUGGAUAAGGAUGGGAAGCUUGUCAAGAACGAUGCCUUUAUGCCUUUCUCUGCAGGUCGCAGGGCUUGUCUGGGAGAGAGCCUGGCCCGCAUGGAGCUCUUCAUCUUCUUCGUCACACUGCUUCAGCAUUUCCGCUUCCGACCUCCCCCAGGGGUGUCCGAGGACAGCCUAGACUUGACUCCCCGCGUGGGCUUCACGCUCAGUCCGACCGCGCACAAGCUCAGAGCGCUGGAUUGCAUGUGAGCGCCACAGUUUCACCUGAAAAAGAUGAUUUGAUUUCCAAAGUGAAGUUAUGAAAAGCAGAAAUGUUAUGCUAAGCUAAGCUAAGUUAAAUGCUAACACAUAAUCGGAAAUGCCACAGGCUAAAGAAUAGCAUCCAUGUGACAGCUUUAUAUUUAUACACAAUCAGUGCAGCAACACAUGGAGACAGACGAUAUCAAUCCGCUCAGGCAUAUUUGUAUCCUCUGCCAAAAACAACUCAUGACUGCGUUACAAUAAACUCAUCAUUUGUCUGCAAUAUUGUAUUAUACCAGGGGUGUCAAACUCCCUUUUGUCGCGGGCCACUUUGGAAUCACGUCUCACCCCGGGAGGGCCGUUACGACAGUGAAAAUGUUUAAUCAUCGCAUCGUAUACUUGUACACACGCAAAAAAUAAAAAAUAAACUGGCUCACUAGA